CUCCCCUUUUCCAUUCUGCAUGCAAACGAAUUCGCAAGUAGGGCUAGUAGUGGAGAAGUAAUUUCUUUGCAGUCACGCCCUAGCAUAUUAUUUGCCUCUAAAUGCAGUGGUUUAUUUACUGGAGGCGAUGAUUUUUAGUGUUUAGGAUCAAUUAUCUGCAUAUUUUUCACUGGGGACGAUAGAAAUUCGGAGAACCGCUCUUUCCGCCUUGGGAUCUGGUCAGCCGUUGAUUGACGGAGUUUGAUGAAAUUGAUAAAACAUGGGGAAAAUACUUUCAAAAAUAUUUGGAAACAAGGAGAUGAGAAUCCUGAUGCUUGGGCUUGAUGCUGCAGGAAAAACAACAAUUCUCUACAAAUUGAAACUUGGACAAUCUGUAACAACUAUUCCAACAGUUGGAUUUAAUGUUGAAACUGUAACUUAUAAGAAUGUUAAAUUUAAUGUCUGGGAUGUUGGUGGUCAGGAUAAGAUUAGACCGCUUUGGAGACACUACUACACAGGAACACAAGGGCUAAUAUUUGUUGUAGACUGUGCAGACAGAGACAGAAUAGAAGAAGCUAGGCAAGAAUUGCACAGAAUUAUUAAUGACAGAGAGAUGAGGGAUUCUAUCAUAUUAGUGUUUGCAAACAAACAGGACCUUCCAGAUGCCUUGAAACCUCAUGAUAUCCAAGAAAAACUUGGGCUCACGAAAAUACGAGACAGGAAUUGGUUCGUGCAGCCAUCCUGUGCCACAACUGGUGACGGGCUUUAUGAAGGACUGACAUGGUUAUCUUCUAACUACAAGUCAUGAAUGUAAACAUUUAUCGGGUUUUCAUCUUUGCGAAUAACAACAGAUGGCGAGGCUGAUGAUUUCAUCCUUUCAUUGGUGACUUAAUGCAUAUUAACUGUAGAGAGGUUUAAAAGAAAGCGGAAUCGAUGAGAAAAAUAUACUAACUGUAGGUGAUUUUUAAUGGGCUUAUGCAAACACGCCCAUUGGCAUUCUGUGUACGUGAAAUUUUCAAACUGGUGUUCUUGCGUUAGCAUAUAUAUAAAUAUAUGAAUAUAUACAUAGUUUUUUAUGUAGAAUGCCGAUUGUAUUGCGGUUGUCGUGUGUUUUCAUCGUUCCUUGAGUUAGCCUCGUUACAGUAACACAUCAAGACUGUUUUUUCAAAUGAGGCUUCCGAUGCUUGCAUAAUUGUCCUCUUUAAAACAAUUCCUGUGGAGUUUUUUCUCUUUUCACCCAAAGUUUAGUUUACAAAUUUCAACAAAACUUCUUAAGUUAGUCUCUAUAAUAGAAACUCGUAGAAAUUUGCAGGUAUUUUUGACCCGCAGUAUUUGUUCAUAUUGUAGUUCGCAAAUUCUUUCAGCUUCAAUAACGGUUGCCAUUUCCUUUACUUAACGAAUAGAACCCUGUCUGCAGUCGUCUUACUUGAGUAUUUCAGCCAGUUAACUGUUAAAAAUCCAUGUUUCUGGCCAACUUGAUAAGAACAGAAUUACCGUUUGCAGAAUAGAUCACUUAAUAAACCACAAAACGUCAGCUCGCCUUUGAAGAACAAUUUUGAAUCCGCCCGGAGCCUUGUGCCCUUGUUGCUUGUCUUAUGCGGUGAUGUGUGUACAUCACCGAGAUGAGUUACUCUCUCUGUUUGAAAUUUUGCGUAAUUGAUAUCUCUGGUAUUUAUUAAAUGCUAUUACUAUUUCUGUCUCAUAGUGUUUUUGAGUUUUCCAUUAAAGAGUACUUGAAAUCCACUUGUUCUAAACAAUUUGUAGCAAAAACAAAUUUUUGAAAUUUCCCGUAGAAUCCAGGUCCCGAAAACUGACACUUCUUCGUUCGAAAAUAUUUGCCUUUGUAAACUUGUUAUUUUGGUUUUGCUGUUAGAUAUUUGUCUAUAAAGUUUUUCUCUACGGAGAAUAACUGGACAUUCGUUUUUGUACACACGUAGAGCAUAGAGCACCAGUUUGUUAUUUACGCAACAGACCGUCGUUUCGUUUAAGAAUUGACAAAAUCAAACGCGUGGAGGAUCAAAUGAAAGUUAUUAAAAGCAAAGCGUCUGGCUUUCAUAUUUUAGAAACCUUAUUCAAUCGCUAACAGUCUGUUUAUCCUUUCUUUGUUAACCGAAUUGACAUUGGUGUAACUGUGGGGUCGAAGUGGAUCAAGAUCUGCUGCUUGGCUAACAUCCACUCCGUGCCUGUUCUUUGAUAGCUCAUAGAACUAUCGAAGAACCUGUGAUUUUUGUUUGCAAUUUAAAUAAUUUGAAAAGAUUUUGGGGUGUAGGUGGGACGUUAACAUAUUUCACAUAACAUUACUUAUCAAAAUACAGGCAGAAGCAUCAGUGACAGUUGAUGUAGCUGCCACAGUGUUUCCUUAUCCAUCAGGCAGCAGCGUCGGUUCUGAUUCCUUGAUUUCCAGCCCACCAAUGUCUAAACCUUUUUACGUGCCUUUAUCAAAAUUUAUUCAUGUAGCUAAAGUUUUUUAUUCGAGCCAUCUUUUUCAUGAUCUAGUUAUGCAAGGUUAUAAAAUCUCGCGUGAGUCUUGAGUAAUCUUUUCCAGACUUAUAGAUUACUUAGCCAAAUUGAAAUUGCUUGUUUACCUUCGUUGUGAACUUGAUUGCCUAUGGCUUCGUUGUAACAAAGUAACAUUUUCCUAUGAUUUCCCUUCAAAUAUAUAGCCCAACGUUUUUCAGA